AUGGGAAACAGCCCGUCAAAAGAUGAUCCUCUGCCGAAUACCCUUAGCAUCUCAGUGAACGGUGCUACCGCCAGCACCAAUGGCGUAUCGUCCUCUUCAACUGGUGAGUUGGAGAGUGACGAUCAGGCGCUAUCGAAACUGUUGCAGAGAUCUCAACAUCGUCUGCAGCAAGCCUCAAGAGGUUUGGGUACUUCCUAUAAAAGGUCACCCUCAUCAUCAACCUCGGCUAGUUCCCCUUCAUCUGGGAACGCCAAACCAAUCAAGAUAGACACUAACAGUACUGUUUCUAGAACCACUUCUCGUUCCAAACAAGUUGCUGUGUCUUCUUCUAAUAACGCUAACCUUACAGAGGUUACUACUACCACUAAUAGUAAUGCUAAUGCUAAUACUCAUACCCUAUCAGCGGUUACAACUGCUAAUUCUGUUGUCACCAGAAAUGGUACUGAUUCCGAUAACAGACCAAUCAAUCUUGAAAUCGAUGUUUCAAUGGCCAGGUUAAUGUGUAGUAAUUUUGACUUGGGUUCUUCUGUGGAUAGCAAUAAAUCAACAGCUUCUACUUUUACAAGAAAUCCUGGGCAUGAUGAAGAUAGGGAUCUGGUUUCUUCUGCUGGGUCCCUUUCUCCUCCAAGAUAUAAGUCUUCGACAAUUGCUACUUCAACAACUAAUGUCACUGCCACCUCAACUCCUCCACCUUAUUCCACUUCCAAAUACCUUAAUAUUUCAUCCUCCAAUCAUUUGCGUUCCAAGCUUCGUUCUUCAUCGUCAAGUAAUUCUUCUUCAACUGCUGCGGAUUCUCCUCCUUUGAUUCCUGUUAGUGCUAAUUUAGAAAUCGAUAUUGAUGGUAUAAUUGCCAAAUUGUUGGCUAUUGGAAAUGCAAAACGGACUUCUUUCUCUAGAAAGAAUAAGGAUGCUUUACCCCUUAGUUCUCAUGAAUUGAAGUAUAUUUUAAGCAAAUCCAGAUCUAUUUUCAUGGAUCAACCUUCAUUAUUGAAGCUUGCACCUCCAGUUAAGAUUGUUGGGGAUAUCCAUGGUCAAUUUCAUGAUUUGAUCCGUAUUUUCAAUGCCUGUGGAUAUCCUCCCUAUACUAAUUACCUUUUCCUUGGUGAUUAUGUGGAUAGAGGUUAUAGAUCAUUGGAAACUAUUAUCUUAUUACUUUGUUACAAGAUUAAGUAUCCUGAGAACUUUUUCAUGUUACGUGGUAACCAUGAAUCUGCAAAUAUUACCAAGAUUUAUGGGUUUUACGAUGAAUGCAAACGAAGAUUACCCACAACUGCUGGAAGUCCGAAAAUGUGGAAAUCUUUUAUUGAUGUUUUCAAUACUUUACCAUUUGCUGCAACGAUCAACGACAAGAUCUUUUGUAUUCAUGGUGGAUUAUCACCAGAUUUGAAAGAUUUAAGACAAAUUGAAAAUAUUAAACGUCCUACUGAUAUUCCUGAUCGAGGAUUAUUGGCAGAUUUGCUUUGGUCUGAUCCUGAUCCUACAGUUAAGGGUUUCUCUUUAACAUCAUGGCCUCCGAAUGAUAGAGGAGUUUCAUACUGUUUUGGAAGGAAACACGUUGAUCAUUUCUGUCAGCAGUUUAAUAUGGAUUUGAUUGUUCGUGGUCAUAUGGUUGUUGAAGAUGGAUAUGAAUUCUUCAACAAACGGAAAUUGGUUACUGUGUUUUCUGCUCCCAACUAUUGCGGUGAAUUUAAUAACUUUGGUGCAGUAAUGAGUGUUAACAAUUCUUUACGUUGUUCCUUUGAACUUAUCAAACCCCAACAAUAA